AGACCUACCCCCGCUGGUUGGCGCGGGCAGGUCCCCCGUGGGGCCGCACGGAUUCCGCCGGCCCUGCUCCCGCCCUUAGACGGCGGCUCCGGCUCCCCGAGGGCGCAUGAGGUCCGGCCCGCUGCCAGGGUGCGGCGGAUGGGCUUCGGGGCUCCGUGCGGGGUGGCGCGGGAGGGUCGGGAGGCGGCGGGCCGGCCGCUCUGGCCGUGGGUCGGCCCGGAUCUAGCCGGGGCGGAGCCGGGAGCCGGGAGCCGCAGCGUGGACACCGAGGCACUCACAGCUAUGGGCCGGGGGUCUCUGAGAGCUCGAGGGUCGCAGGCGUCGCUGCUGCUGCUGCUGCUACUGUGGCUACCUUUGCAGGUGUCGGGGACCGAGGCGUUUCAAGGAGACAACCCUGGAGAGCCAGUCACCCUGCACUGGGUCCUGGAUGGACGACCCCAGCGCACGGUCACCCUGGAGGAGCCGGUCUCGAAGCUAGACAUGGGGCUGGUGGCCUUGGAGGCUGAAGGGCAGCAGCUCCUGCUCGAGCUGGAGAAGAACCGCAGGCUGCUGGCCCCGGGAUACACAGAAACCCACUAUACCCCAGAUGGGCAGCCAGUGGUGCUGGUCCCCGACCACACGGACCACUGCCAUUACCAUGGACGUGUGAGGGGCUUCCCUGACUCCUGGGUAGUCUUUAGCACCUGCUCUGGGAUGAGGGGCCUGAUCACACUGGGCAGCAAUGCCAGUUAUUAUGUGCAUCCACGGUCAGCUGGAGACUCCAAGGACUUCAUCACUCACAAGAUGUUCCCAACCAGGCAGCUGCUCAGCUGGAAAGGGGCCUGCGGCCACAGGGAUGCCGGGAGCAAAGGGGACAUGGCCAGCCUUUCUCGUGCCACUCAGAUCAAGGAGAGGAGGGAGGUCCGCAGGAGCCCGAGGUUCUUGGAGCUGUACAUAGUGGCUGACCACACACUGUUCUUGACCCAGCACAGGAACUUGAACCACACCAAACAGCGACUCCUGGAGGUGGCCAACUACGUAGACCAGAUUCUCAGGACUCUGGAUAUUCAGGUGGCACUGACUGGCCUGGAAGUGUGGACAGAGCAAGACCGGAGCCAUAUCACGUCAGACGCCAAUGCGACGCUCUGGGCCUUCCUGCAGUGGCGCCGAGGGCUGUGGGCACGGUGGCCACACGACUCCACGCAGCUGCUCACGGGCCGCGCCUUCCAGGGCGCCACUGUGGGCCUGGCGCCCAUCGAGGGCAUGUGUCGCGCUGAGAGUUCAGGAGGCGUGAGCACGGAUCACUCAGAGCUUCCCAUUGGCGCAGCAGCCACCAUGGCCCACGAGAUAGGUCACAGCCUUGGCCUCAGCCACGACCCUGACGGCUGCUGCGUGGAGGCGGCGGCUGAGCAAGGCGGCUGCGUCAUGGCCGCGGCCACCGGGCACCCGUUCCCACGCGUAUUCAGCCCCUGCAGCCGGCGCCAGCUGCGCGCCUUCUUCCGCAAGGGGGGCGGUACGUGUCUUUCCAACGCGCCGGACUCCAGGGUCCUCGUGCCUCGGGCGCGCUGCGGGAACGGCCUCGUGGAGGACGGCGAGGAGUGUGACUGCGGCCCCAGCCAGGAGUGCCCAGACGCCUGCUGCCUCGCCCACAACUGCUCGCUGCGUGCGGGAGCCCAGUGCACACGCGGGGACUGCUGCGCGCGCUGCCUGCUGAAGCCGGCUGGCGUGCUGUGCCGCCGAGCUGCUGGCGACUGUGACCUUCCAGAGUUCUGCACGGGCACCUCCCCCUACUGCCCCCCGGAUACUUUCCUACUAGACGGCUCUUCCUGCGCCAGCGGCCGGGGCUACUGCCGGGAUGGCGCGUGUCCUACACUGGAGCAGCAGUGCCAGCAGCUCUGGGGGCCUGGCUCCAGCCCAGCCCCGGAGGCCUGUUUCCAGACUGUGAACUCAGCAGGAGACGCCCAUGGAAACUGUGGCCAGGACCGCAAGGGUGGCUUCGUGCCUUGUGCGCAGAGGGAUGCACAGUGUGGGAAGCUGCAGUGCCUGGGUGGGGAGCAGCGCCCACUGGCACCACACACGGUACCGGUGGACUCCACGGUUGGACUAGGCAGCAGCGAGGUGACCUGCAGGGGAGUCUUCCUGCUGCCUGGUGCCCAGCUAGACCUGCAUGACGUGGGCCUGGUAGAGCCAGGCACCCAGUGUGGCCCUAGAAUGGUGUGCCAGGACGGGAGCUGCCAAAACACUACCUUCUGGGAGCUGGAGCGAUGCCUGACAGCCUGCCAUGGCCAUGGAGUUUGCAACAGUAACCAUAACUGCCACUGUGCUCCGGGCUGGGCUCCGCCGUCCUGCAACAAGCCAGGGUUUGGUGGCAGUGUGGACAGCGGUCCUAUACAGCCUGAAAACCACAAGGCCUUCCUGCUGGUGGUGAUCCUUAGCUUUCUGCUGCCUCUGCUCCCCGGGGCCAGUCUGGCCUGGUGCUGCUACCGACAGCCGGGAUCCCGUCUCCAGCAAUGCCUCUGCGGCUCAAGGAGGGGUCCUGCAUGCACUGGGCCCAAAGAUGGCCCACACCGGGACCCUCCCCCUAGGAGCGUUCACAGCAUGGAGUCAGGCCCAGCAGCCACUGAAGAGCCCGGACUCUGGGAGACUUCUGCCUGUGGUCACAACAUUUGUCCUCCACCCAUUGCUCCAGACCUUAAGAACUCUGCCAGAGCCCAAGAGCCACCUUGAGAAGCCUCUGUCCUGUUGCCUUGCCUGCAACCCCAAGCAGGUCAAGUCUAGAAGCCAAGAUCCUGUCUCUGGUGAGAGAGGGGCUCCUGAGAUGAGGAUACUUACAGACAGGCGACUGCUGACAGCCACAAGAAACUUGGUCUCCCAGGGGCAGAGCCAGUGAAUCACACUUCCUGCACUUUUGCAGCCUGCAAGUUUCUUCCCUGAGUCGAGCUCUGCCCCACCCACUUCAGGACCCCGGAGCCUUAUCAGAAGAUGCCCAAUGCUGCCCCAUUCCCUAUGGCUGGGGGGAUCCUGGCGGGUAUAUAUUCCAGCCCAAGAAUCUAUCAGUCCAAGGAGCAAAGGUCAUGUAGUCACUGACGUCCUGUCACCAGGGGAGGCUGGGUCAUUCUGGGCAUUGGGAGAGGUCUCUAUCCAGGGAACUUGGGUGUCUCUGCAUAUGUAUUUUACCUAGACCCAGCUCUGCAGAAUCCAGUGACUGCUGGGCCAGAAGCCUGGGCUCCAGGGGCCCUACAUUUUAGAUUGAGUCUACUUCCCUGGAGCCUGGCCCUUGCAAAAACAAAACAAAACAAAACAAAACAAUCCACAAAAUCCUUGGGAUCCUCCUCCCUCCCUUUUCCUGCCAUGUCCUCCAGAUGCUUCCUCAGCCUCACCUCUGUUAUUGGUCCUCCACCUGAGGUUUUGGAGGAGUGUGGUUCUGCUGUAGCCCUCUCACUUUGGACAUUACUCAGCCUUCCCUCCAUUCCAUGGGAGGGGACAGUGGGAGCUGUUUUAAAAAGGAUACCAAAGUAGAAGUCAGAAGAAAGAUAUGCUGACCUCAA